GGGAGGCGGGGCCUCGGAGGGGCUCGGCGCGGAGCCCUGGGAGGGCCGGGUGGCUGCCCUUCCCCCGGGAGCAGAGCCGCUGCUCCUCCGCUCCUCUCCGCCCACGAGGGCAUGCAGCUCCCGGUGAAUUAUACUUCAGUGUACUACCGGUUGUACACUACGGAUGGGAACUAUCAAAGUUUAUAAUGUCAAAAACUUUUCUUAGACGAAAAGUAUCUUCCCCAAAGGUAACAGAUUGGGUAGAUCCAUCAUUUGAUGAUUUUUCAGAGAAUAGAAGCAUCUCUAAUACUGCCACAUCAUUAAAUGUGAAUAACUCAAGUCAUAGAAGAAAAAACGUGCCUUCCACAUUAGAAAGCAACAAAUUUCCAACUAGAAAAAGAGGAACAUUGUCUUCCUCAGAACAGAUAUAUGGCGUAGAAAAUUCAAAAGAAAGUCUAUCUGAAAAUGAACCAUGGGUGGAUAAAUACAAACCAGAAACUCAGCAUGAACUUGCUGUGCACAAAAAGAAAAUUGAAGAAGUUGAAACAUGGUUAAAAGCUGAAGUCUUAGAAAGGCAAUCAAAACAGGGUGGAUCUAUUUUAUUAAUAACAGGGCCUCCUGGGUGUGGAAAAACAACAACUAUAAAAAUACUGUCAAAGGAGCUUGGUAUUCAAGUACAAGAGUGGAUUAAUCCAGUUUUAUCAGACUUCCAAAAAGAUGACUUCAAGGAGAUAUUUAAUUAUGAAUCAAGCUUCCAUAUAUUUCCCUACCAGUCUCAGAUAACAGUUUUUAAAGAGUUUCUACUAAGAGCCACAAAAUAUAACAAACUACAAAUGCUUGGAGAUGAUCUAAGAACUGAUAAGAAGAUAAUUCUGGUUGAAGAUUUGCCUAACCAGUUUUAUCGAGAUUCUCAUACUUUACAUGAAGUUCUAAGGAAAUAUGUACAGAUUGGUCGAUGUCCUCUAAUAUUUAUAAUCUCUGACAGUCUCAGUGGAGAUAAUAAUCAAAGGUUACUGUUUCCCAAAGAAAUUCAAGAAGAGUGUGCUAUCUCAAACAUUAGUUUCAACCCUGUGGCACCAACAAUUAUGAUGAAAUUUCUUAAUCGAAUAGUGACAGUAGAAACUAAGAAGAAUGGAGGAAAUAUUACCGUCCCUGAUAAAACUUCUCUAGAGUUGCUCUGUCAAGGAUGCUCUGGUGAUAUCAGAAGUGCAAUAAACAGCCUCCAGUUUUCUUCUUCAAAAGGAAGGAACAAUUUAUGCCCAAGGAAAAAAGGAAUGUCUUCAUUAAAAUCAGAUGCUGUGCUGUCAAAAUCAAGACGAAGAAAAAAAUCUGAUAAAGUUUUUGAAAAUCAAGAGGUCCAAGCUAUUGGUGGAAAAGAUGUUUCUCUCUUUCUCUUCAGAGCUCUGGGGAAAAUACUAUAUUGCAAAAGAGCAUCUGUAACAGAAAUAGACUCCCCUCGAUUGCCCUCCCAUUUAUCAGAGUAUGAACGGGAUACAUUACUUGUUCAUCCUGAGGAAGUAGUAGAAAUGUCACACAUGCCAGGAGAUUUAUUUAAUUUAUAUCUUCACCAAAACUAUGUGGAUUUCUUCAUGGAAGUAGAUGAUCUUGUGAGAGCCAGUGAAUUUCUGAGUUUUGCAGAUAUCAUCAGUGGUGACUGGAAUACACGCUCUUUACUCAGGGAAUAUAGUACGUCAAUAGCUACAAGAGGUGUGAUACAUUCCAACAAAGCCCGAGGAUUUGCUCAUUGCCAAGGAGGAGGAUCAAGUUUUCGGCCAUUGCACAAACCCCAAUGGUUUUUAAUAAAUAAAAAGUAUCGGGAAAAUUGCCUGGCAGCAAAAGCACUUUUUUCUGACUUCUGCUUACCAGCUUUAUGUCUCCAAACUCAGCUGUUACCAUAUCUUGCUUUGCUAACCAUUCCAAUGAGAAAUCAAGCUCAGAUUUCUUUUAUCCAAGAUAUUGGAAGGCUUCCUCUGAAUCGACACUUUGGAAGAUUAAAAAUGGAAGCCCUGACUGACAGGGAGCAUGGACUGAUAGACCCAGAAAGUGGAGAUGAAGCCCAGUUCAUCGGAGGACAGCCUUCAGAGGAAGCUGUGGAAGAAUCUACUCAAACCCGGGAACCUGAAACCUGCUCUCUGCCUUUGAGUCAGAAUAGUGGGAAUGAACUGCCUGCCAGCCAGCCUCAGCCCUUCUCUGCCCAGGGAGACAUGGAAGAAGAAGACAUGAUAAUAGAAGACUAUGAGAGCGAUGGAACAUAGAAACAGCCCACCAGUCACAUUGCUACUGACAGAUUCACAUUAGUUUUACUCAGUGAUACUUGAACAGAGAUAUAAUAUACAUUUCAAGUGAA